UGACACGUACCCUUGUCACAUACCAUACAAAAUAAACUUUCGCAGUCUUGUCUUAUGGAGUGACGUGUCAACUAAUUUCCCACUCAUUUUCCUUAAGAUCAUGCUUUAAUAUUUACUCUCCCUCACACACAGAAUCACCCAAAACCACUCUUCAAUUCUAGUUUCCACAGAAAAGUUUCAGAUUCUCAAACUAUAUACACAGCACACAGAAAAACAUCAUCAACUAGCAAUUAUAUAUUUAUAUAUAGAUAUAUAGAUAUACUCUCUUCAAUAUGGUUUUGUUUUGCAUGAAAGAGAACAACUCAAACUCAAACACAAACACCAUGACUCACCAAUCCUCUACUAAACCACAUGACCAAAUGGAUCUUGAGUUCAAGAAACCUCAUCAACUCAAAGACAACAAUCUUAAGGAGCACGCAAACAUGGAUGUAACAGAAGGGACAUUAACUGUUGAGGCAGAAGAGGAAAGUGGAAGAGAGAAGUUGAAGAGGCAUAGAGUUGAAAUGGCAGGGAGAGUGUGGAUUCCAGAUAUGUGGGGACAGGAGGAGUUUUUGAAGGAUUGGAUAGAUUGUACAACGUUUGAUCCUCCUUUGAUUUCUUCUGCCAAAAUUGUGACAGCAAGAACAGCUUUGGUUCAAGAAGCCACUGCUGCUACAGCUAGGUGUUAGUUUUGGUAUUUCUAUGAUUUUUUUUGUUGUUGAUUAGUUACUAUCAUAUAUUGAUUGUGGAUGGUUUAUGCAUCAUUAUUUUUUGCUUUGUUUUUGUUUUAUUUUGCAUAUAUUAUAUGUUCCAUGUAUGGAUUUAGACUUUGGAGGCUAUUGAUGCAUCACAAGAAUAUAUUGUAAUACUAAGAUUUUUUAAGUAAUUUUGUUUUAACUA